AUGCCGCCUCCUUAUCGCAAAGCAUGCGUCCACUGUGUGCGGUCAAAGAGGAGAUGCGAUUUGAGCCUUCCACGCUGCUUUCGAUGUCGGGUUCGAGCCUUAGAAUGUCUUUAUCAGAAUAAUCCAUCCAUCAUCUUUUCCAACCAACUGGCAGAUCCGGGGAUUGGAGCUGAACAGGGGAGUUCUCUAGACUCUGGCCAUCAAGCUGAAAGCUCUGAUUUCUCAGUCCCACCAUUUCCUGAUUACGAUCUCGAUUGGCAGGAAGUCAUGGAGAACAUUGAAUUCUUUUCAGUUCCUGAUCAGUUGGCACCGAACGCCUCUCCUAGUCAGUCUGUGCUGGCUGGCGAAAUUUACCAAGAGCGAAUCAUUUACGCCGUGAAGCGGCUGAGGGAUCUUCCAAAAGUCUUUGCAACUCAUGGUCAAACGUCAUUUAUACAUAGGAGUCUAUAUGACAACCGAAUUCCCGUGAUGAUACAGGAUGCUAUGGGAGUCUGUGCCCUCUACCAGGCGAAAAAUGAGACCACCCAAGCGAUGAUUCACCAGAUUAUCACCCAAAAAGUACACUCCCUUUUGGUCAACCACAAACAGCCCGGUCUCUCAGCACUUGACCAGCUGGCAUCGGUCCAAUCGUUGGCACUUUUCCAGAUAAUAUGCCUCUUUGAUGGAGACAUUCGCAUGCGGGCUGAUGCGGAGCGAAUCGAGCCAACAUUUUUAGACUGGAUUACACAACUGAGGCUGCGGGUCCAAGGCCUCGAUACCGACUGCGAGAUUUUAUGCCCGAGUUCUGACGGAAAUAAUGGACAAUGGCAGUCGUGGAUAUUUGCGGAAAGUGUCCGGCGAACCGUCAUUAUUGGAUUUACCAUACAAGGUCUUUAUUGUUUCCUCAAGAAUGGAUGGGACAAUUCCCAUCACGAGUUCGAGAGCUUGUCAUUCUUCGCACAGAAGGUGCUUUGGGCUGCUCACUCUGAAUAUCAAUGGCGCUCAGCUCUCAUUACGCAUUCACCACUUCCACUCCGUUUCUCCAUGUGGGAUACAGACAUUACCGCCGCGAGCCCACUAGAUAUUGACGACCUGUCCAUGUUGAUGAUGGUGUUGAUCAAAGGUGUUGAUCAAUGCUCUUUUUGGGUGGGAAAUGAGAAUUGGAUGAGCUCAUGAGAUUUUUUGAAUAAUCAAGAGCCAGAUCUAUCUACAACUGUUAGGUCAAUCUCCUCCUG